GGAAACUUUUUCCCCCCGAAAAUGGGGAUGUCCCCUCUGAUGAAGGCGCUAUGAUUAUCUCUAAAGGAACCAGCCCGAAAGAAGAUCUGGGUUCAACUUUCGUGAUUCUGAACCCUGUCGAAGGUCUGGUCCCGCAGGGACAGAACUCGGACCCCCCGAGUAAGGGGAAACUUUUUCACCCCGACAAUGGGGAUGUCCCCGCUGAUGAAGGUGAUAUGAUUAUCUCUAAAGGAACCAACCCGAAAGAAGAUUUGGGUUCAACUAUCGUGAUUCUGAACCCCUUCGAAGGUCUGGUCCCUCAGGGACAGAACUCGGAUCCCCCGAGUAAGGGGAAACUUUUUCACCCCGAAAAUGGUGUCGCCCCCUGCUCGGAGGGCAAGCUCCAACUGGGUCUUCCGCCAUCUUCUCCCUCCUCGCACUAUGUGUUUGUGGGGAAGGAAGCGAGGAAGAAACAACUGGAGCACAACAAUUCGAAAACAGAUGCUGACUUCUCGAAAGUUGUUCACUCCCCUAGGGAUGACAAGGACCUGGAACACUGUUCUGACUACGAUUCUUCGGAUUCGGAGGAGAAGGACUGUAUUCGGGUCCAAGAACUGAAGGAUGUCGAGUACAUGGGGUGCCCCGAAGAGGAACAAAGGAAGGAUGAUAAUCAGUCGGACCCAGAUGUCGAGAUCCUUGACUUUGCUGUGGCUGGUCUCUUUGAAGAAGGGGCUAUUCUCUUUGAUCCUCGGAAGGACUCAGAAGCUCUGGUGAUGUGUACCCCGAGCAAACGUUCCCGUAGUAAUGAUAAUAUCUCCGUUCCGACGGUUCAGGAACAAUAUCUUGGGGAACCAUCAGGUUCGGUCCUGCCCGAUAGACCAGCCUCGAAGAAGCGAGGUCAUAACACGAGAGCAGCCAAGAAGUCUCUGGCGCAAGCAAGUCUCCACGUCGGCUCUGUCAGGACACGAAAUAGUGCCCUCCUUCCUACCUGUCGUCCCUUCAACAUGGACGACUGUAUGAGCGCCAUUGGCGCCCCCCUCAAUAUAGCUGGCUGGCCAGUAGGUUUUAACACAACUGCUUUUAGUGAGGCCAUCUGCAACUCUGGUGUUCAAGCAGCAGCGGGCGCCGUUACGGGGGCGAAUGACACAUUCCUUAUCUUCUCUGCGUUUUUGGUCUUCCUCAUGCAGGCUGGCUUUGCUAUGCUAUGUGCUGGGUCUGUCCGCUCAAAGAACACUAUCAACAUCCUCUUAAAGAACCUGCUGGAUGCAUGUGUGGGGGCCAUCGCAUGGUACGCAACAGGCUAUGCUUUUGCCUUUGGUGAGGACAAUAAGAAUGGAUUCAUUGGCAGUAACUUCUUUGUGAUGGAUGGAGUAGCGACUGCAAAUGAUGGUGCACCGAAGUACAUAUUCUGGCUGUUCCAGUGGGCUUUUUCAGCGGCUUCUGCAACCAUUGUCAGCGGGUCAGUGGCAGAGCGAACGUCUUUCGUCUCUUACCUGGGUUAUUCCUUCUUCCUUACUGGUCUCGUCUACCCAGUUGUCGUGCACUGGGUCUGGAAUAGUCAGGGGUGGCUUUCUGCGUUGAAAGCUUCCCCUUUCCGUGGUGUUGGGGCCAUUGACUUCGCCGGCUCUGGUGUUGUUCAUAUGGUGGGUGGAGUAGCUGGAUUCUGGGGGGCGGUCAUUGUCGGGCCACGAAUUGGACGGUUUGACCGACGAGGAGCUGCAACAGAGAUGAGAGGUCACUCUGCAACAUUGGUAGUUCUGGGAACAUUCUUGCUCUGGUUUGGCUGGUAUGGGUUCAACCCAGGCUCCAUGCUCGCAAUUGUCGGGAGUGCGGGAGUUGUCGGACGAGUUGCUGUAACUACCACCCUUGCAGCCGCAUCGGCAGGCCUGAGCAGCUUGUUCCUCAAGAAGUUAACUUCAGGGACCUGGGAUGCUAUGGCCGUUUGCAAUGGUGCUCUCGGCGGGUUGGUGUCAAUCACAGCGGGAUGCAGUGUGGUCGAACCAUGGGCAGCCAUCGUCAUUGGUGUUAUCGGUGGGGUAGUAUACUUGGCCGGUAGCGCACUCCUUCUGUUAAUCAAGGUAGAUGACCCUGUGGAUGCUGCUCCAUUACACGGAGGGUGUGGUUUGUGGGGGGUGGCGGCGGUGGGGCUCUUUGCCAAACGAUCGUACGUCAUGGACUCUAUUGUAAGCAACGCGACACACUAUGGGUUGUUCCAUGGUGGAGGUGGAAAGAUGCUGGGCGUGCAGCUCCUAUAUGCCAUUUGUAUCAUCGCCUGGGUCUCUGGGACGAUGAGUUUAUUCUUCGGAGUGCUAAAGAUUUUUGGUGUUCUUCGUGUACCUCCCGAGGAAGAGCAGCGGGGUCUCGACCUCACCAAGCAUGGAGGCACAGCAUACGAGGCCGGUGUCGACCUUCGGGCGAUCACCCCUUCAGACAUUUUGAAGAAAGACAGAUCAAACGUCCCUUUGACUCCUGUCUAGGGACCUUGCAACCCAACAGGAUGCUUCAAGGAUAUCUCCCCCGUCUGAUAUUCAUCUUCACCUGUGCUUACCCAACAAGAGC